AGUCUUCUAUUAUUAGAAUUGGUGACCCGAGGCAAUAUCGAACCAAUGGCCAAUUAUCUUCGUCACUUCGUCAACUAGUCGUUUCGAAACAACCAAUCAACAAUCAAGUCCAACCAAUUCGGACACCUUCAAGUCAACAACAAGCCCGGAAAAGUGGGGCAGCAUCGGAUCAAGACAAGGAGUCAGUGCAACGACUUCAUCAAGCAACUUCAAGAGUCAACUUCAAUCAACGUACAGUCACAAUCAACCAACACAACGGUCGCUACGCAACUGCGACAAAUUCAAGAGAGUACUGAGGUCAAACGUACUGCUCACAAUAAACAAUGAGUUCGGUGUUUCGUUCUCACAUUGGCAUUAUCCGUCGUAAGCUGAAAUUGGCAAUCGAGGCUGCAGAUGACACCGACGAUGCCGAUCAAGCUGAGAAGAGCUCCGAAAAAGAGGUGUACGAUGAAAUCGCUGAGAUAGCUGAUAUCGCCAAUAGCAUUCGUGCUGCUAUUGAAAAGAUAAGGAACUACGAUCAACAAUGGAAGGAUCUCUUCACGAGAAUUCCAACGGAGAGAGAAGGCAUGGCCGACUACAAGAAACGGCUAGGCGACUACGAUGUCGACAUUCAAAAUGCAAACAAAUCGUUGCAAGGACUCAAACUCAAAUAUCAAGAGUUUAUUGCAAUUCAUAAGAAGAAAGCUCCACAACCGACAGAUUAUCCAACAUUUGGUGGAGAUGAAGCAAGUCCAAAUCAAUCAUCGUCGUCAAACACAACGGAUCAUCAAACCAUCAACAUGGAACCAAUCACAAUUCGUGUUCCAAGUGGAACUACUGGCACUCCUUCAAUUGUCACUUCUACCAUCAAUUCAGUGGUUCCUCCAAAUCAAAUCUACAACAAUACUGUUUCACACCAAGGACAUUAUUCACCGCUAGCAGCAAUUCCGAUCUAGCUCCCGUCUAUCAGUAUGCCAACAUUUGAUGGGAACUACACGCAGUACCAGGGAUUCAUUGAAUUAUUUUCGUCCCUAAUUGAUGGACAACCAAUCGGAGAGGUAGCCAAAUUUCAUUUUGAAAGCUGCCUUGCAAGGAGAGGCAUCACUCAUUGUAAAACAUCUGCCACUAACCUCUUCCAACUACCAAGUGGCACGGGAUCUGCUGAACGAGCAGUACGGUGACACCAUUCGAACAAGACAUCACCUCCAACGAGCACUACAAGAACUCCCAUCUAUGACACAAACCAGGAACGCGGCUCAACUGCAGGAGUUCUGGACUACGGCUUCGGCUAUUUUUCAGCAGUGGAAAAACAUCGAGCCCGAAUGCGAUAAUAGCACCAAUGCCAACGUCAUCAGUUCGAAAUUGCCAAGGAGAUAUAUUGAGAAGUUAUAUACAGGCAGCAAUGCAAGGAGAACUUAUACCGCUUCUCAACUCUUGCAUCAGUUGAGUGAAUUUAUCAAAUGGGAUUCACUUGUGGUAACGAUCUUCAACGACAAUGCUGCACCUGAAAAGAAAGUAACUACAAUGGUCGCACACCAAGCUACACACCACCAUAGAGCAGGAGGCCGAGCAGCUCAUGAACACAAUUCACGAUGAACAGUUACAACGCCAUGUGUAUUUUGUUCAUCGACCACACAUUUCCACCGAUAUGAGGAGUGCGUAGACUAUCCGACACCAGAACAACGUAACAGAAGAGCGAGGGAGUUGAAGUUAUGCUUCAAAUGUCUUCGGGGGGACCAUCAACAGAGAAAUUGCACACGCGGAAGACCAUGUUUCCAUUGCCGUGGAAAUCACCACUCUUCUCUCUGCAAUCUCAAAGGAAGAGUAGCGUUGCCAAAUCAGCACACUCCAAAUCAAACAAGACGUCAAUCGACUUUUCGGUCAACAUCGCCAAAUCCGGGAUAUCAUCAACCAUCGGUCCCACAACAGCAACAGCAACCAAGACAGAAUUUUCAAGGAAUGCAAGCGGUGAGAAGUAAUUUCCCAAGAAAUGACGGUCGACCAGCUAAUUUGAACCGCCGGGUGCAGUUCGGUAACACAUCUGUUGUAACAAGCCAGGAAUACGAAUCGGACGACGUAAGAAAUCACGAAGGAAACAUUUCACUUGCAUUCAAUGCUGCGUCUUACCCUUUUGCAAAUCCUCAACAAUGCAAAACCGCUGCCGAUGGACAGUCUCCUGAAGAAUCAUCAGCUCAAACCGAGAACCCACAAACAAAAGAAUCCUUGCCAAUUGCUAUGAUGGUGAAGAAGAUCGAGUUGGAAAAUCAAGACGGAAAGCUUAUCACGACAACAGUGUUUUUCGAUUCAGGAAGUGAUAGAAGUUAUAUCACCGAAAAGUUGUCGCAGCAAUUGAAGCUUGUUCCAAUCGAUUCCAAAUGUCUACAACUACAAACAUUCGCUACUACAGAGCUCAAAACGAUGCAAGCAAAUCGCGUUCUGGCUACAUUCCACGUCAAACAAGAAAAAGUGGCAAUCCCACUCACCGAAGUCAAAUCAAUCGCAAAGUCAAUAACAGCAGCAUUCGUGGAUGACUCAACAAUACACGAUCUUCUCGAGAAUGAAGGAGCAAUUCUUCCACGAUCUCAUGAGGAGCCCGAAAUUCUAAUCGGUUUAGAUGCAAUGGCCCAGUUGCUUGGUAAUACAGCUUCACAAAUCCUGCCGAACGGAGCAACACUCCACCAAACGGACUGUGGAAUAAUUGUGACGGGUAACGAGAAGACGCCACAACAAGUACUGGACGACACACGCUCGUUUGCCAUCGACGAUAUGAUCUAUCAUUCCACUGCAAGACCGACGAUCCAGCCAAUAGGAAUCCUUCAUAUCGACGAGGAAGAUGAAUAUCAACAGUUGCGCACACUGGUCGAGCGAUUCUGGAGCUUAGAAUCAUCCAUGAUCUUCGAAAAUCCCCUUACCUCUGACGAGGAGUAUACGAAUGAUUUUUUUCAAAGGACAACAACAAGAGAUGAAGAGGGACGUUACACGUGCCGCUGGCCCUUCAAAUAUGAUAUCAAAAAUCUUCCGGAUAACAGAUAUCUUGCUUAUCAUCGAUUGCAGUCAACAUUGCGCCGUCUUCAGAAAGAUUCGGUCAUUGUCGAACAGAUAAACCGCGGAUUUAUUGAAGAAGUGCUGGGCGAGUUCUCGGAGACCGGAAAUCAUGUGCACUAUUUGUCGCAUCACCCCGUUUUCAAACCAAGCUCUACAUCAACCAAAAUCCGCAUUGUUUACGAUGCAAGUGCCAAAGCGAACAAGAAUUCCAAGUCGUUGAAUGAGAUGUUACAUGCAGGCGAGUCUCUUCUGCCAAAGUUGAGCGAAGUUCUUCUUCGUACACGGAAACCGGAGAUACUUGUUAGCGGAGACAUCGAAAAGGCUUUUUUGAUGGUAUCACUCCACGAAAACGACAGGGAUACGUGCAGAUUCCUGUGGACCCCGCCGGAUGGGAGUAAGCCGAUUUGUUAUCGUUUUUGCCGUGUGCCUUUUGGCGUCAAAAGUUCACCGUUUUUACUCAAUGCCACCAUCAAAACUCACUUGGAAACGUACAACACGCAAAUGGCCCAGGAGAUAUUAAAGAACAUUUAUGUUGAUAACGUGUUUAUGGGAGUCAGUACUAUCAAGGAGGGAUUGGAGUUCUAUCAUGAGUCAAAACGAAUAAGUUACUUGGCACACCGUGGAAUAUUCAGUCGGACAUUUUGAGCAUCAACAUUGCGCCUCCAAUUGCAACUGCGCUCUCCAAACGAAGGAUACUCCAGAGUGUUGCUUCCACGUACGAUCUCCUUGGAGUGGUAGCGCCGGUGGUUGUGCGAGGAAAGUUGUUCAUACAGAAGCUGUGGGCACGCCCGGCAGAGUGGGAUUCGGAGUUAACGGAAAGUGAGACACAAGAGUGGAGACAAAUCGAAAAAGAAUGUUGCGGGGAUCCGAUUCAAAUCAACAGAAGGUACUUUUCCACACCAACAACCGAGGAUCAUAAAUUCGAGAUUCACGUGUAUGGGGACGCCAGUGCAACGGCUUUGGGAGCUGUUGCCUACAUCAGAAGAAUCGGACCAAAGGAUAUCGAGACAGCUUUUGUGACGGCUAAGUCUACAGUGAAACCUCUCAAGAAGGGUUUAACUAUACCGCAGUCAGAGCUUCUUGCGAUCGAGAAGUGUGCCCGGCUAGCCCACUUGCUGAAUCGUGAGUUGGAUCUGCCCAUUUCAAGGACAGUCAUUUGGAGUGACUCCAUGUGUAGCCUGGAUCAAGUGGAGAGCAACACAGCAGGAAAUACAUUUGGCAGGAAUCGGUUGCGUCAAAUUGGACUCCUUGCGCCAAAUGCAUAUUUCUCUCACAUACCUGGAAAAUCGAAUCCGGCAGAUGUGCUCAGUAGAGGUUGUGGACUGGAAGAGUUACGCAAUCAUGCACUGUAGUGGUCAGGACCUCCUUGUUUACAAGAUCGAGACCUCAAGUUGCGACCAUCAAGCAUACAAAAGUUCGUUUACAAAGGAGUUUCGUUUACAAAUAAAAGUUCGUUUACAAAGCGUUUACAAAGGAAACCGAUGAAGGUAUUCUAAAGGAGAGAGCAAAGCUGAUAAUCAUCAAGCUAGCUCAACAGCUGCAUCCACCAACUGAAGAACAGAUCAAGAGUUUGAGGCUGCAACAAGAGAACGACAUAUGGUAUUUUUGCGGACGAAUCCCGGGUCGGAAAAUUCCAUUCUUGCCGCCUCACCACAUUGCAAAGCUUUUUGUGAGAGCCAUUCAUAUCAAGCACUUGCACAGCAGUCCAUUGUACACGCUCUCAAAAGUGAGGAAUGAGGUUUGGCGUCACGUUACUCAGUGGUGGAACUCGUAAAAUCGCUGGACACGGAUAGUCUUCUGAGAGUGAUGCGUCGAUUCAGUGCAACAUAUGGAACACCCAAGGAGAUCAGAACGGACAAUGCAAGUCAAAUUAGAAUGCUAUCGGCCGUAAAUGAACAAGCAAAGAAACAAAUUGAUACCGCGAGCCAAUCGGAACUGCCAGUUUUCAAGUUUAUACCAGCUCUCUCACCUUGGGCGGGCGGUAUAUACGAAAGGAUCGUCGGACUGAUAAAGAAUUGUUUGACACGAGCAGGAGCAACAAAACGACUGCUUGAUGAAGAGGAUUUUCGAACAUUACUGAAAGAAGCUCAGGCGGUAAUCAAUCAAAGACCACUUACAUGUGUCAGUCUAGACGACAUCAAACCACUGUGCCCGAUGGAUUUCGUGUUUCCAAACAGGAGAAACACACAUCUUCUCACUUUGGAGGAACAUAUGGACCCCACUCCCCUCACGACUUCGCAUGGAAAUUUGCUGGAAAAUCUUGGAUGUGCACAAGUUCGUUAAUUAAUUACUUCAUUGCGAGAUGGAAAGAAGAUUAUGUGCAAGUGCUACAAUCACGGAAUGCUAUUGCACACAAACAAGAUCACCUGACGAAUCAUAAACAACUGCAAGUGGGAGACGUCGUUAUGUUCAAAUCGGAUAAGAACAAGAUGAGUUGGCCUCUGGCACGAGUUGAAGAAGUAGGUCCCAGAUCAGCAAAACUGUACGCUGGACACACCGGAAAUUUUAUCGAGAGACCUUUCAAGAGCAUAUAUCCACUCGAAGUCAGUUUCAACAAGGAUGAAGAACCAGUGAACGAGAGCACAAACACGGAGACUCCGAUUCCAACAAAUGCCAUCACCAAGGAUAAUAGAACCGAUAUGGAUGAAGAAAAUCAGAUUGUACCACCAACAAGAGAUGACAGUUCCCGCUCAACUACUCGCAGCGGCAAAAGCUACGGUAUCAGUAAUGCGGUUACUUUGGCUCUCAUUAUGAUGGCUGUAAUGAUCACGUCCACAAAUGCAACUACGACGGACUACCCACUCACAACGGACACAGGCGCUGAGACGAAAACUACGACUGGAAGCAAUCCAUACCAUCUUCUUUGGGCUAUUCCAAUUGCCUUCGGAAUUUGCACAAUGAUAGCAAUUCUUCAAUUCGUCACCACACUACUCACUAGGGAAUGGUGUUACCCCUGCAAUCGCUAGGA